UUAGCGGGCAAGUUUAGCAGAUUUUAGUCCACCAUUGAAGACUGUGGCCAAGCCCGUGAGACUCUGCUGCGGAGGAAAAACAACACGCCAGACUCCAUUUAAAGUUCAGUUUUCUUUUUAACGUAGUUUGUAUAGAAAAACGACGUUUUAAACUCGGAAUUAAGUCUCUCAACAUUUAACAAACGAUCCUUUCUCCGGAAGCUGUCACAAACAUCCAGCAACGUCUGUUGAAUUCAGUGCCAUCUUUAGGACUGAAUUCAAAUGCUCCAUCAUGGACACCACUGAAGUUUACUCCCCGACAACGGCGCCCAACCCCAAGUCGUCCUGCUUCAUCAUCCCAUCAGAGAAUCUGGAGAUGAGCCGUUUUGUGAUCAAAGUGUUUGAACUGGUGCUGUCCUUCAUGGCCUUCAUCCUGGAGGAGGUGAUCUCCAGCUGCGCCAGCUGCUCCGCUCUCUACUUCUUUGAGUUUGUCAGCUGCACAGCCUUCCUCUUCACCCUGCUGCUCCUCAUCCUCCUCUCCACCCCGCUGCACACGAGGGUGGGCAUCAGCUGCUGGCCCAGCCUGGACUUUGUGUACACUUGUGGCAUCGCUCUGUUGUUCUUCGUCGCCUCCAUCAUUUUUGCAUCAGACAACAGCAGUACAACUAUGGAGAGAAGUGCUGUGGCAUUCGGCUUCCUGGCGACGGUGAUGUUUGUUGUGGACGUCAUUUUGUUUGUGAAGAACCGAGGAUUUCCCUUUAAGAAAGACAGGAUGCCAGAGUCCAGUAAUGGUGGCCCAGUGGCGGUGAAGGCUGAACCAGAGAUGGAGAAGCUCAACGUGCCGGACAGCGGGGCACAAUAAGUCUGUUUAAUGCUCAUAUAUAUGUGUUUCAUGCACUGCACUCAGAGGUCACAUUAUUUUACGCACUAUUCCUUUAACAUGGUGUCAGGAGGUGGAGCUGAUGUCCAUUUUUCAAGUCAUUUUAAAUCCUGUUGUUUCCCACCGCUGAGGACGCUCUGUGUUGCGAUUAUCAGUAUAAUCAGUUGGCCAUAAUGAAUCGAUCACAUCACAGAGCGUCCAUCAGCAGGUGUGUUCCGUGUUUGAUUGGACAGAAUGGGCUGCAGGUGUUCCUCCUGAUUAAAAUUGUAAAACCAACAGACACUAAAACCACAGAACUGCUCUUAAACAACUCAAUGAGCAGGGAAUUUCUUUUCUUUUUUACUGAAUGUUAUGACAUUUUUGGACAAAGUUUGCCUAAUUUGACAAUUCAAAUCAACGAGAGUUCAAAGGUUUGAGUUCCAGAACGUUUUCUUAUAAAUCGGUGGUCCCCCUGAGGGGUCGGGACACAUCCUUCACAAGUCAGUUUGAGGGAGUAGAAAAACACAUUACUGUCACACAAAAUAAUGUUUUUAUUAAACAAAGGUUGUCUGGACACCAUUCUUCUUUUCUACGCAGGCCCUGAAUGCCUCGUUAAAGUUCAGAUUCAGACCCAGAAAUGUUUUAAGUUUGAGCCGAAACAAAUCAACUUCGCUCAGCCAAGCAAAUUCGUGAAUGUCUGCCGCAAAAACUACGUGAACAGCCUCCAACAGAAACAACAAGUCAUCUUUGAUUAAAUGUUGUGAUUUUUGUU